AUGGAUGCUACCGUUUACCAGAUCAUAUUCAGGGAGCUCGGGGAUCUAAACUGCACUUUGAUUGACGCGCUCCAAGACACUUUUUGGGAAAACGCGUCAUUGUCAUUGCUGAGCUCUGAUGGUUCAUAUUGCAAUGCCACCUCCGAUGAGAUCGGAACCUGCUGGCCGCAGAGCAGCACCGGCAUGACGGUAGAGAGACCCUGCCCCGAGUACAUCAACGGGGUGAAGUACAACACCACCAGGAGCGCCUACAGGGAGUGCAUGGACAACGGGACCUGGGCGUCGAAGAGCAAUUACUCCGAUUGUGAACCUAUCUUGGAGGAGAAGAGGAAAUAUCCAAUGCAUUAUAAAAUAGCGCUGAUCAUCAACUACCUGGGUCACUGCAUCUCCGUGGGAGCUCUAGUCGUGGCCUUCAUUCUCUUCCUGAGCUUAAGGAGCAUUCGAUGUCUUCGAAACAUCAUCCACUGGAACCUGAUCACCACGUUCAUACUGAGGAAUGUGAUGUGGUUUUUGCUUCAGCUGAUCGACCACAACAUCCACGAGAGCAAUGAGCCUUGGUGUCGAUUCAUCACGACCAUAUACAACUACUUUGUGGUGACCAACUUCUUCUGGAUGUUCGUUGAAGGGUGUUACCUUCACACGGCCAUCGUGAUGACGUACUCGACGGACAAGCUCAGGAAGUGGGUCUUCCUCUUCAUCGGCUGGUGUAUUCCAUGCCCUAUAAUAAUAGCUUGGGCUUUUGGAAAGUUAUAUUAUGAAAAUGAGCAGUGUUGGUUUGGUAAAGAACCUGGAAAGUACAUGGACUACAUUUACCAGGGACCCGUUAUCCUCGUGCUUCUGAUAAACUUUGUUUUCCUCUUCAACAUCGUAAGAAUCCUCAUGACCAAACUGAGAGCUUCGACGACGUCUGAAACAAUACAGUACCGGAAAGCGGUGAAAGCGACGCUGGUCCUGCUCCCUCUGCUGGGCAUCACCUACAUGCUCUUCUUUGUGAACCCGGGGGAGGACGACGUCUCGCAAAUCGUUUUCAUCUACUUCAACUCCUUUUUACAGUCUUUUCAGGGCUUCUUUGUGUCCGUGUUUUACUGCUUUCUAAAUGGAGAGGUGCGCUCUGCGGUGAGGAAACGGUGGCACCGCUGGCAGGACAACCACUCCCUCCGAGUGAGGGUGGCUCGAGCCAUGUCCAUCCCCACGUCUCCCACCAGGAUCAGCUUCCACAGCAUCAAGCAGACCGCGGCCGUGGGGCCGGCCGACAAGCUGCACUGCAGCAUGCAGGGAUCGGACUGA